AUGAUUACAGCUGCACAUGCCAAUCGCUUUGUUACAGCUCUACAAAUAUAUGCAGAAACAAAAACUGGAAGUCCAAAAGAAAAAUUAGAAAGUAUACCAACGCUACCGAGCUGGGUAAUCCCUGGGAUCACCCGGGUUCCAGUUCGUGGACAACCAGAAAACAUUUAUGAACAGAUUAGGGAUAUUAUCAUGGAGUAUAUUACCCCAGAUGAGAGUAGUAUAUUUAAUGUUCUAUCAGCAACAGUAGAUUUUUCAACUUGUGAAUCAAUAAUGAUGUCACAGAGUGUUGAUAAAACUGGUCAAAGGACUCUUGCUGCUGUCACAAAACCUGAUAAGGCUCCAGAAGGCCUGUUAGAGAAGGUUACAAAUGAUGAUAUCAGUAUCGGUCUAGGGUAUGUCUGCGUAAGGAACAGGAUUGGGGAAGAAACGUACGAGGAAGCACGGUUAGAGGAGGAAAGGCUGUUUGGGUCCCACCCUUUGCUGUCUAGGAUCAAUGAGUCGAUUGUGGGGGUCCCGGUGUUGGCUCAAAGAUUGGUUCAGAAUGCAAAGUUUGUGAUUUACAAAAUUUUAUAA